AUGGCUUCGAGAAUAUCUACAGGCCAGCUCUGUAGGAGCAUCUCACAAGCCAGUUCGCAUCGUCUUGCGCUACCCCAGAUCGCUGCUCAAAGGCGGUAUCUGGCCACUACUGUCCAUCCUGUCACCCAAGAUGCGACCGGAUCCAAGGGCCCUACAGCUAUGGUCUUCCUCAACAUGGGAGGACCUUCGACUACUGACGAGGUUGGCAGCUUUUUGAGUCGUCUUUUUGCUGAUGGUGACCUGAUCCCUCUUGGUCCCCUACAAAACUACCUCGGUCCUUUGAUUUCGAAGCGACGAACACCCAAGAUCAUCAAGCAAUACUCUGCAAUCGGAGGAGGAUCCCCAAUCCGCAAGUGGUCCGAAUACCAAAACGCCGAGAUGUGCAAGAUCUUGGACAAGAUCUCACCAGAGACUGCGCCCCACAAGCCAUACGUCGCUUUCCGAUAUGCGGAUCCAUUGACCGAGGAGAUGUACGAGCAGCUGCUAAAGGACGGUUUUGGUAACGGCAAGGGCGGUCGUGCUGUCGCAUUCACACAAUAUCCUCAGUACUCCUGCUCGACAACGGGCAGCAGCUUGAAUGAGCUGUGGAAGUGGAGGCACAGACUUGAGGGCAAGACCAACAAGGAGUCUGGUGACGGUACUAUUACAUGGAGUGUAAUUGACCGUUGGCCUAACCACAGCGGUUUGGUUGAGGCUUUUGCGCAAAACAUUGAAGCCAAGCUUAAAGAGUACCCUGAGGAGCGAAGGAAGGAUGUCGUGCUGCUCUUCUCUGCUCACAGUCUGCCCAUGUCUGUCGUCAACAGAGGUGAUCCCUACCCUGCUGAAGUUGCGGCAACUGUCUACGCUGUCAUGCAGAGGCUUGGCUUUUCCAACCCCUACCGACUCUGCUGGCAGUCUCAGGUUGGCCCAUCUGCUUGGUUAGGACCUCAGACCUCGGACAGCGUAGAGCACUACGUCGCCAAGGGCCAGAAGGACCUUGUGCUUAUUCCUAUUGCUUUCACCUCCGACCAUAUCGAGACUCUCUACGAGUUGGACCAGGAGGUCAUCGCCGACAGCGGCAGUCCCGAGACCGUCAAGCGAGUUGAGUCACUCAAUGGCAGCCCUGUGUUCAUUGAGGCUCUUGCCGACAUUGCCAAGAAGCAUCUCGCUGAGAACAAGGCUUGCUCGAAGCAAAUGGGUCUCCGAUGCCCUGGCUGCAAGAGCGAAAAAUGUGCUGAGUCAAAGCGAUUCUUUGCUAGCCAGCAGGCUGGCCUAGCGUAA